GUUUUUUAUGUAUCUUGACCUUUUUAUGUUGGGUUUGACUCAGUUGAGGGAUCCAACGCAAAUAAGGUGGUGUUACAUAAAACUUAUGUUUUUUUUAUUUAUUUCAGUUCGAUUAUACAGAUGACCUGACUGCACUUAUAUAUGAUUGAUACAUGUAGUUGUUACACUGUUUAUGAACAUGGCCGUCAAUGAAGAGGAUUGUCAACAUGUGUUGCUAAUGUGAAGAAUAAAAGAAAUGUGAAUUUAGUGUUGAUAGAACAUGUCAAGUUUCACAAGGAAUAAAGCAGAUCAAGCCCAAUGGAAGAUUACCUAUGUCAAAGGUUACAUGCAUAUAUUGGAUUGUGCUAUGAGAUAUAAGGAUGCCUGGAACAGGGCCUAAAGACUAUCUUUGUAUCGCAUGUGGAAUAAGAACAAAACCAGACAGAAGGAGAUUUAUUGCUGGUCCUGCAUAUGCUAACUACAGAAAACAUUUCAAAGUAAUUUCAUGCAAAGAUAAUGAUGUAACCUGCAUAAAAUGUUACUCUCAAUUUAACCGUAAAAGUAAAUCUCAGGCAAAAAGAUAUGAAGAUAACCAAGAGGAAUCUGAAAACCAACUGUCUGAAUCAGAAGAUGACUAUGAACCUCCCGCAAAGAAACAACAAAUAACUACAUUAAAUAAAAGUCCCAAAAUAAUACAGCUACCAAUAACAUCAGCUGGGAAAAGCCAUUCUUCAUGUUGUGUUUGCAAAGACAGAAAAUCCAAAUUUCAGACUUUAUCAACUGAAAAUAGACACAAAGCAUUUUUAUCAACUGGUCAUUUGCUAUUGUCAGGAGCACGCUGCUGUCCAUCACACAUUGAUUCAGAUGGAAGCCUCAAUGAACAAGCCAUCCUCCAUUUCAAAAGUUUAUCAACAUCAUCAACCACAUUUUUCAACAAAACAGAACUGCUGGCUUUAAUCACUGAUAUCCGAUCAAUUGCUUUAAAAAAUGAAAAUUUAAGAAUUGAUUUUGACAACAAAAACACACUCAAAGAUUCCGAUUUCCUAAACCUUACCGGCAUUACAAAAGAAAAUUUUGAAGACCUAAUCUCACAUGUCAAAUCCAUCAGACAGACAAAAAACAGAAGCAUAAGAACAUGCAUAGCACUUUUUCUUGUCAGAUUAAGAACUGGAAUGUCAUACCCAAUGCUCUCAACACUUUUUAACAUUGGCAAAACUGGAAUAAGAAGAGCAAUUGCAACAGCUAGAAAAGAACUCUCCAUCAACUUCACUCCCAAAUAUCUUGGCUUUCAGCACAUUUCCAGACAGGACAUCAAAGACAAUCAUACAAGACCUCUAGCAAAAGAAUUAUUUGGAAAUGAAAUUGAAAAUCCUGUCAUUUUAGUUGCAGAUGGUACCUACAUCUACAUUCAAAAGAGCAAUAACUUUAAAUUCCAAAGACGGUCAUAUAGUCUUCAUAAAAAUCGACCUUUAGUUAAGCCAAUGAUUAUUGUAUCUACUACAGGAUAUAUUGUAUCAGUGUUAGGGCCAUAUCAUGCUGAUUACAAGAACAAUGAUGCCAACAUUAUUAAACAUAACUUUAAAUUGAAUAUGGAGCAGAUGACAGAUUGGAUAUCAGAAGGGGACGUUCUUAUAGUGGACAGAGGAUUUCGGGAUGCUGUUGACUUUCUUGAGGAGAUGGGGGUCCAUUCCAAGAUGCCUUCUUUUCUUAAAAAGGGCCAGAAGCAGCACACAGUAGAAGAGGCAAAUUCAUCAAGGUUGAUAACCAAAAUAAGAUGGGUGGUUGAGUCUGUAAAUGGCAGACUCAAGCUGUGGCGGUACCUGGCAAAUAUUGUGCCAAACACACAGAUACCACACAUUGGAGAUGACAUAAAAUUGGUCGCUGCAAUUUGUAAUAAAUACAAACCUCCUUUGAAUUCUGGAAAUCAAGAAGAAGAUCAACUUCUUGCUGCUAAAAUGAAGAUGUUAGCAUCCAAAGGGAAUGCCUUGUUUGAAAGAGUGGUGGAAGAGAAAUUGGAUAGAAGGAUUGCAGCAUGGAAAAAAAUGGAUGCAGAGAAUGUCGUUGCAGGAUUUCCCACUCUGUCUGAGGAAGAAUUAACAAACAUUACUGUUGGGGUAUAUCAGCUCAAACUAGCUAGAAGCUACACUUGUGAACAUUUGGAUGAGGAUGGCGACUACAUUAUUAUGUUAAAUGCUGAGAUAGCAGAUAUACUGCGCGUAAAAAUCCAAAGUCGUCAUACCUCAUCAAAACUAUACUUGCUGUGGAUCGAGUAUGGGCCUGCAGUAAUUAAGGGGUGGUAUUGUCAAUGCAAGGCUGGUGCUCGUGUUGUGGGGGCUUGUGCUCAUGUUUCAUCAGUACUGUGGUACUUAGGAUAUGCUAGGUAUGCUGAUUCCGUGCGCAAUAUUAAGAACUGGUCAAUGUAUUUAGAGGAUGCAUCCAAUGUACCAGAAGAGAUUGAGGACUCAGAUAGUGAAGCAAGUGGUAUUGAAGAGUAACAGCUUUAGCAUGUGUUUUAUUUCACUGUCAGUCACUGAAUAUGCAUAAUAUUUAUGUACAUGUAUAUAAAAUGAUCUUCCCUCUAUAUUUAAUUAUAUUCAGAAUUAUUUUGCAUAAAUUGCUUCAAUGAAAGUAUGAUGAACUUUUGUCAUUGUUUUGCAUCUAUUUGUUGUUGCUGUCUAUAGACAUCAAACUUCUCUUCCAUGUCCAUUAAAUUCUUUGCAUCUUAAGUAUUAGGUCAUUGAUUAAUGGAAAGUUCAACACUGUACAUUUCUGUGUAAUUCUAAUGUCCAUUUCAGUAUCUAGUAGGUAGUGAAUCAACCAAAUUGUAUGCUGGUAUAUAUUUCAAGUUGAACUUAAUUUAAGUCUUAUCUGAUAAGGAUAUCAUUUGAAUUUCAUAAUUAUAGUUAGUUUAAGUCAGGAAAGAUGUUAUACAGAGAGUGAGAGUAGAUCAUGCAAUGCAAUCUUAAGUAUUUGAUUUGACAAUUUUUCAUGAGCAAAAUGAUAAUCUCAAAGACCAAAGCAAGUAUGACGAAUUAUUUCCUAAAAUUCUCAUUGCUGUAGAAUUUUAAUAGUUUUUUUGACCAAAAAUGAUUUGAUAACUAUGAAUUGAUGUUGUUUUAGUAUCAGGUUAAGUGUUUGUUAUUAAAUGAUUCCAGAAAUUCUCAUGUUAGAGAGAUUUUCACAGUAUUUGGUCAAAAAAUGACUUUCAAAUGCAUUUUUAUGAACUUUGAUAUUGUUAACUGUAUCAAUUCAAAAGAUAUGCACCAUACUUUUUGUUUUAACUAUUUGUGCAGUGAUUGUUAUUAAAUUAUCCCAGAAAUCCUCACUUUAUGAAGAUUUUACAGUAUUUUGCCAAAAAAUGACUUUAAAAUGCAUUCUUAUGUAUUUUUACAACUUUGAUAUUGUGAACUGUAUCAAUUCAAAAUAUAUGUACCAUACUUUUUGUUUUAACUAUUUGUGUAGUGAUUGUUAUUAAAGGGGCACUAGCUGUCAAAUUCAUGGUCACCAAUUUGACUCAAAUUCUCAUAUUUGAUUAAUAACAAUGUAAAAAAUUUAUCCAAUCUAUCAAACGUUUAAAAUAAACAGUUUACAGAGCAUGGGGUAGAUGAUAUGUAGGUUCGUUUCGUGUGUAUUUAAAUCCAGACGCCAUCUAAUUAACUAUCGAUUUGACCUCAGAUGACCAUAUAAGCGAUGUAAACACAAAUAAAGAUAUGAAUAGGUUAAACCAGCACGUGCAAUUGGAUUUUUAUAGGUCUGUUUGAUUUGAAUUUAUAGAUUAAAAAUAUAAGUUACUCAUUGUU